GAGUAGUACCAAAAUUCCGAGUUUGUGCUAAAUUAAUGAGAGUCGGAUUAAAAAAUCCAAAGAAAAGAACUAUCGUGCGGGCCCACCGACAGAGAAAGAGAAAGUCUUUUAAGAUUGAUUGAAACAACAAGAUGAUGAAUGCUAAGCAAUACAUUUUUGGCCAGACCCUUGGUCAGAUACCAAACCUUUCAAUCCCGAAUUUCCAGAGUCUAUCCCAGCUGGGAGAGAAUGGCUUAGGUUGUAAACAAGAAGGCUCUGCAAGUUGGUGGCAGGAUCCUUUACCCCAAUACAACAUUUAUGAUGCAAACUCCUAUCAACAAGUAGCCAAGGAUCUUCCUUCCUUGCCAAUUCCCUUAUCUGAGAUUACACCAGCUUUGAGCUUGCAACAUGGCUACUGCAACUCAGAUGCACCUAAGCCUCCUUGUGAUUUUUUUGAUGUUGCUAGCACUGACUUUACCGAGCAUAACAUGGUCAUUACAAAAAACACUGAUCAAUUGCACUUCAUGAAAGGAAAUGAAUGGGAAUAUGCCAAUAUGCUUAUGUCUUGUGAUAUGGAGGAGUUGCAUCCACCAAUGAUUCUUUCUCCUAAGGAGACUUCAAACAUCACUAUGUUUUCCAACGAGGAUGAACUUUCUGAUGCUGGAUUUUUUAAUGGAGGACCAGGCUCUCUUCAGGGCAGUCAAAAUUAUGAUUCUGAGGCAUCUGUCAAAUGCCAUUUUCAACAGCAACGACUUGAUCAUGUAAUGCUGUCCCAACUGGAUCCGAUAAAUUUUCAAGGCUGUGUGGAAAAUAACCUUUUAACUCAAUCAAUGGUGCUUCCAUCUGCAUUUAGAGAACAUCCUUCAGAUUUUCUGAUUCCUCAACAUGGUACAUACCAAGUUCCUGUACCUGCUUUGCCUAGCAUGAUCUCCCAUGGAAAGAUCUCAACUCUGGAGGAUAUAGUGCAAUCUUACUCCCUGAAGUCUGAAAAUAGCCAACACCAAUCCCAUCAGUCAUAUGUGCAGUUUGAUAAGUCAUCUACGGCACGGUCAGAACGCUACUUGGUUGAUCAAUAUGAACUUUGCCAUCAAAAUGAAUGUGAGGAACCUCAGUUUUGUUCAGAAAAGUUAGAUGGGGUUCAAAACUCGGCUUCAGGAAUUUCCACACGAACUGGUUUGCAGUCAAAAAGAACUGCAAAUAGCCUUCUAAUAGAUUUUUAUUUUAGAGGCCCUGAUGGGCCCAAUUCUGGCAACUAUUUUGAUGUGCUGCCUCCUUUAAAACGUCAGAAGAUGGGAAAUACUUUAUGUACCUCUCCAAAUGAAUAUGACACUUCUCAUCAAUUGGCUCCAUUGUUGGUUCAACCAUGCACUCCUGAAGGACUUCUAGACUUGACCCGAAAGUUUGAUUCUUCUCCGUCUAUUAAUUCUGAAGUUCCCAUGGCGGAUAUGGAAGACAAUGUCAAUGCAAAUUCCAGUAAAUUGGGGUCCAGCACUGUGCCUGUUCUUCCUAUUCACUCCCAGAAGAAGUCUGAAAAGAGCCAACACCAAUCCCAUCAAAAUGAAUGUGAGCAAACUCAGUUUCUUUCAGAAGAGUUAGAUGGGGUUCAACACUUGGCUUCAGGAAUGUCCACGCGAAUUGGUUUUCAGUCAAAAAGAACUGCAAAUAGCCUUUUAAUGGAUUUUUAUCGUAGAGGUCCUGAUGGGCCCAAUUCUGGCACCUAUUUUGAUGUGCUGCCUCCUUUAAAAUGUCAGAAGAUGGAAAAUCCUUUAUGUAGCUCUCCAAAUGAAAAUGAAACUUCUCAUCAAUCGGCUUCAUCGUUGGUUCAACCAUGCACUCCUGAAGGACUUGUAAACUUGAAGCAAAAGUCUGAUUCUUCUCCGUCUAUUAAUUCUGAGGUUCCCAUGGUGGAUAUGGAAGACGAUGUCAAUGCAAAUUCCAGUAAAUUGGGGUCCAGGAGUGUGCCUGUUCUUCCUAAAGAGCUCAGCUUUGAUCAUAAAGAGAAGGAGGUAAAGGUCAGGAGUGAGAUGUAUCAGACAGAUCCAGAAAUAGAAAAUAAAUCUACUGCACCAGAAACUAAUUUUGCGGAAGAAGUUCAGUCAGGGAAUACAAAGAUAUGGGGUGUCUCCUUAACUGAUUUUUUCACAGUAGAGCAAUUAAAGGAACAUAUAUUGAGUUUUAGGAAGUGGGUUGGCAAGGUGAGUACAUUAUACCACUGCUUUGGUUAUGCUGUUGGGUGUCUCCUUUCUGCCCUUUCCUGCAUGACAAUACCAAAGGAAGAAAGGGGAAAUAGUGAAAAUGUAUGUCAGUUGUGUGCAUCAGGAAAUCAAUUUUUUGCCCCUGUACCAAUAUAUUGUUCACGUUGUGGUGCUCGUAUCAAGCGCGGUGUAAUUUACUACUCCACAACAGAUGAAAAUGGUACACGAAAUUGCUUUUGUAACUCAUGCUUUAAGCACUCUCGAGGUGGGAAUAUCAUAUUCCAGGGUAUUUCUGUUUCCAAGGCAGCACUUGUUAAAAAAAAGAAUGAUGAGGAAGCUGAAGAACCGUGGGUUCAAUGUGAUAAAUGUGACCGAUGGCAACAUCAGAUAUGUGCUCUUUAUAAUGAAAAAAGAGAUUUGGAAAAAAAAGCUGAGUACAUAUGCCCCAAAUGCUUCAUAAAAGAAAUAGAAACUGGGAAAUGUGUACCCUUGCCAAAGAAUGGUGUUCUGGGGGCAAAGGAUCUGCCUAGUACCGUGCUUAGUGAUCACAUAGAGCAAAGACUCUUUAGGAGUCUGACACGAGAGAAAGAAGAGAGAGCAAAGUUUGAAGGAAAAAAUCUUGACGAGGUGCUAGGAGCAGAAGAUCUUGUUGUCAGAGUGGUUUCAUCUGUUGACAAACAUUUGAAAGUGAAGAAGCAGUUUUUGGAUAUCUUUGAUGAUGAAGAGUACUCUGCUGAAUUCCAAUACAAAUCAAAGGUGAUUCUUUUGUUUCAAAAGAUUGAAGGAGUAGAUGUAUGCCUUUUUGGUAUGUACGUCCAGGAGUUUGGCUCAGAAUGCAGUCCUCCAAAUCAACGAUGUGUUUAUCUUGCAUAUCUUGAUUCUGUCAAGCACUUCAAGCCUGAGAUAAAAACUAUUACUGGAGAAUGUCUUCGUACCUUUGUUUACCAUGAAAUAAUGUUAGGAUACCUUGAUUUUUGUAAGAAUCGAGGUUUUGCAUCCUGCUACAUUUGGGCCUGCCCACCUUCUGAGGGAGAAGAUUAUAUAUUAUAUUGCCAUCCAGAGAUUCAGAAAACGCCAAAGUCUGAUAAGCUGCGGCACUGGUAUCAGUUGAUGCUGAGGAAAGCAGCCAAAGAAAAUAUUGUGAUCAAUUCUACUAAUUUAUAUGAUAACUUCUUUGUUCCUACUGGAGAAUGCAAGUACAAGGUUACAGCAGUUCGUUUACCUUACUUUGAUGGUGACUAUUGGUCUGGUGCUGUUGAGGAUGUGAUCAGGCGUCUUGAAGAAAAUAACCCUGGAGAGUCUCAGAGGAAAUUGAAGAAAGUAAUGACAAAUAGAGCUUUAAAAGCCAUGGGACAUGCAAAUCCUUCUGGGAGCACUACAAAAGAUAUUCUAAUCAUGCAAGAAGUUGGGAAAACUAUCUUACCCAAUAAGGAGAACUUCAUAAUUGUCCACUUUCAGUUUAUUUGCACACACUGCUGUGAAGUGAUAUUAUCUGGUCACCGAUGGGUUUGCAACCAGUGCAAAAAUUUUCAGCUGUGUGAAAGAUGCCAUGAUGAGAAGAAAAACCUCUACGGGAUGGACACACAUACUUCUAUGAGCAAGGAUAAGCAUUUACUCUCUCAGGUUAUGGUUGAUGAUGUGCCUUCAGUUACCAAGGAUGAAGAUCUUACUUUAGAUACUGGAUUAUUUGAAAAUAGGCAUACUUUCUUGAGCUUUUGUCAAGGCAACCAUUAUCAAUUUGACACACUUCGGCGGGCUAAGCAUUCAUCAAUGAUGAUUCUGCAUCAUCUCCACAAUCCAACACUGGAAACCACUGAAGCCAACUGCAGCAACUGCCUUAAGGAUUCUGCAGUUGACAAGAACAGAGGAUGUGGGAUCUGCCCAGAGUUAGUCAUCAGUGCUGCAUGUGAUCAAGAGAAAGGACGUUCUUGUCAUAAUCAUGAGUUGAUUCAACGGCUUCCCACAACUUUUCAUGGGGUAGAGGCUAAAGAAGCAAAGCAAAAGACAUCACAUGUUCAUUCUUCAAUAAGAAAAGCGAUUAAAGAGGCAAGCCAAAAGGCAUCGCAUGUCCAUUCUUCAACAAAAAAAGAGAUCUGUAAAAGAAAAUUGCUGGCUGUUUUAGCACAUGCAUUUCAAUGUAAAGCAUGUCCCUGCUCCGACCAAAACUGUCUUAAAAUCAGAAGGGUGUUCCAGCAUGCAAAGAAGUGCACUUCUUGGGUUCGUGGGGACUGUCAACAGUGCACGAAGGGACGGGCAUUACUGAUAUUGCACUCAAGAAAUUGUACAGAACCAGAUUGUCGCAUACCACAUUGCAUGGAUUUGAAGAAACAUGCAGAAGCUCAAGCAUUGCAAACUGAUACUUGGUGCAGGGAUGCCACUUAAAUUUUGUCAGUUAGCAAAGCAUUGAAGGCGGCAGAGAACAGUUGAUUCUCCCAAGUGUACAGAUAGAGCAGGAGGGUUAACAAAAGCAGCAUAAGUGUACAAUUGUGAAGAAACUUCAACCAUACAGUUAGCUAGCAUCUGCAUAGUGGUACAAAUAUAUGUAAAUCAAAAUGUUUACAGUUACUAAUUAUGCAGUUGGUUCAGGAAAUUCAUUCAUGCAAUUAGAUAGCAGCUUCAUUUUUGUCUUACAAUUAUGGGUAAACAAAAGCUUUCUAAUUCAUACCAAAAAAAGAAAAAAAAGAAGUUUUCUUAGUGUAUUGC